UUUCCCCGAGCGCGUCGUGCACUCUGUCUUUGCAAAGCUGGGGCUGGCGUUGAGCUGCCAGAGUUGGUCAUGCCGCCCUGAGACGUGUGGUACGCCCCACAUCAGUGCCAUGCCUGCCCUCUUUGCUCCUCGGAGAGAAUUGAAAAAGAGGUAACACUUCAUAUUUCAAAAUGGACCAUUUUGAAGACAUAUCGGAUGGUGAAGUGGAUCAUGCUUUCUUUGACAGUGAUUUUGAAGAAGAGAAAAAGAAAGCUGAAGAAAGUGGUGAAUGUAUAGAGAAAGAAAGUACAAAGGCAGCUCUUGCAGGCACUGAUUUAGUUUCUAAUUCAAAGGAUGCAAAGUGUGGUAAGGAGGAAAGUGAAGAAAAACAGAUAGAUUUGCAAGAACAUCAAUCCCCAGAAAAUAGCACAGAUCGUCUUGGAGAUGCUUCAUCUCCGUCAGUUUCUCCAGCUGCAGAGAAUGCAGGUGCAUCUGGAGCGACACCUGCAGCAAAUAAAGGAACACAGGAGAACGUUCCUGCUGGAAUCCCCAAAAUAGUUAAAGAAGGUGAAGAAGAUUAUUAUACAGAUGAAGAAGAUAGUAGCGAUGAUGGCAAAAAACAGAGGGUCAGACCAAAGUCAACUAAGCAACCAAACAACAUAAAAAAGGCUAGCAAAAAAUAUACUAAUAUUAGCUCCUCCUCUUCUUCUUCCUCCUCCUCAUCCUCCUCCUCAUCAUCCUCAAGCUCAGAUACAGAUUGUUCUGAUACAGAUUCUGAUAGCUGUUUAUCAGAUUCAUCUCAUUCUUCCCCAAAGAAGAAUGUUUGUAGAAAUGCUCUUUUGUCUCCAAAACAAAAAUUCAAGUCAGCAAUGAAAUUAGCAGAAGGAAAACCAAAGCUUGGUGAGGACUUGGAGGAGUCUGAAGAUACAGUGACUGACGUAACACCUUUGUCAACUCCAGACAUCAGUCCUAUCCAGUCUUUUGAACUUGUAGCAUCAAAUGAUAAGAAACUAAAAGUAAAGAGACAGGAAAAUGUGAACCAAGAAUUAUAUGAUUCCGAGUUUGAUCGCAGAUAUAGUCGAAAAGUCUUGCAUGAUGCCAUGGAUCUGAAUCAGCUUUUGAAAGCUUUCUUACAGCUGGAGAAAAAAGAACAAAAACUAACCAUCGAUCAGCCACCUAAAGGAAUAAGGAAAAAUUAUUCUUUCACAAAUGAAGAAGUAAGACAGAUCGAUCGGGAAAACCAAAGGUUGCUGAAAGAACUGUCCAGACAGUCUACAAAGCCAAGAAGAAGUACCACGUUGAAGAAAACAUCUGUACCGUCUCCUAGAUUGUACCACAGUGCCCUCAACAGGCAAAAAGAGCAGCAAAGAAUUGAAAGAGAAAACCUGGCUUUCCUGAAAAGACUGGAAGCGGUGAAACCAACAGCUGGUAUGAGACGUUCUGAACAACUGAGGGACUAUCACCGCCAGAUGAGUUAUCUGAGUUCUUCACCUUCUGUAAGAAGGGCUAAAUCUCCUUUCACCCAGCUUAGUCCUCCAAGAGGAACUUCAAGAUUAUCCACUGUACAAAGUACACUGAGCCAGAGAAACGAAAAGCCCAUGUCUGAUUUAGCCAGUGGGGUAUUACAGAGACCUAAACCCACUAAUGUCCGUGCUGCUUGGUUGUAAGUGUGUUCUUUGCCUCGCAUUCUGAUAUGAUCCUCAGACUUCUAUUUUUAGUGCUUUUGUAAAUUCUAUGUGCAAAAAUAUUUCUGCAUUGUUCAGUGAUUACAAUGCACUGCAUUUAAUAUAAUCGCUUAUAAAAUGUUUCUAAGUGAACACUUUCCCUUAUUCAGUGUUUUCCAUGAGAGGAAGAACUUAGGAAAGAGAGGGAGAUAUCUAAAUGGACAAAUUAAAUAGAAAUUUAACUAUUAUUUUAUUCUCAGAAGUGGAAUUUGUAUCUGUCACAUGGAAGGACAGAAUUACUGCACUAUAGGUGCAAGAUGUAAAUAAAAUCUUUAAAAUGUUAAUAAUACUUUAAAUACUGCAUUAAAUUCAUAAGUAUAUGCUUCAUUCCUGGAUUGUCCUUGCUUUUCAUCCUGGCUUUAUGUAAGCCUUCUGAAAUUUGUGGGUCAUGUUCUUGUGACUGAAAGAAUCUGUCACAGCAGUGUGAAGGGGUGCAAAGCAGAUUGUGUAUUCCUGCAUGGUGAGCUAGAAUACUGAGGCUGCAGAAGAUGAUGUUUUACCACUCUUAAACAUUUGACACCUGGAGUAUGUUUCGUAUGCAAGGCUAUGUCUCUUCCAGAAUUAAAAGGAUUUGGGAAGUUGUAUUGGAUUUUGGAAGAUGUAUUGGGACAUUUGUGUAGGAAAGAAGCAUCUGAUAUUACUUGAACAAGGGUGAAGACUGAAGUGAACAGCAGUUUCAGAUUCAGUGUAAACAAGAAUAAGCUCUAGUUCUCAACCUAAAGAAUAAUAUUAAGCAAGGGAAAUACUUCAUGGCCCUGCUUUUGCAGAUGCUUGCUCUUCUCAGUGGGAAGAUGCAAACUUGAACUGCAGGAAACAUCUUCGAUAUUUGAUUUUGAGAGUGACUACUAACCAAGAUUUAGAAACAAAAGCAGUAGAAAGCAGUCUUGUUAUGCUUCUUAAGCUGUUUUUAAAUGUCACAUUCAUACCAAAUAUUUAUCUUAAUGUCAGAUAAGCUCCAGUAGCAACAUCAUUUACAAGGGGAGUAAAAUCUAAUGGACUUGGUAAUCACAAAUAGUAGGUGGUGUGGUUUAUUUCUAUACAUAAAGGCAAACUUUCAGUGAGCUUGUUUUGUAGGAAUGUAGCCAUAUAAUAGGAGCAUAAAUUGUGAUGCCGUUGUCUGUGGAUAUUGCUGAAACCUUGCUUGCUUUCCCAGCUUCUUCCCAGGAGAGAUACAAGAAAUGUCUAUAUUGUGAAUAAAGAAUAUUUGGUAAUGCUGGGUCUUAGCCCUAUGACAAGAAAAGUUUAUUAUUCUUUGCUAGUGCUUGCAUGAGGGCUUAGGCUUUUGGGUAUUCUGCAUUGUAACACACUUUUUACUUGGUCCUCUGUGAUAGUUUGGCAGAGCUGCUGCACUUGGUGACCUGCAGAUCAAAUUUAGCUGUUUGACAAUAUUUGAACUUCUAACUUUAAGCAACAUUGAGGCAAACAGAUUUGUACUGCGAUUAUUUUUCAUGGAUAGGAACUGUAAGGUUUUGUAUAGUACUGCUGUAUUUAUUUUUAUUAUUGUGCUAAUUAAAAUUACUCAUACUUUAAGGUUUUUGUCCUUGAAUCUGAGUAUCAGAGUCACAGCUUAAAUACUUCUGAAUAUGAUAGUUUUUUUGAUUACUUUCAAUCGCUUCAUCUUAUUUAACUUUGGUAUGAAAAACUGUCAAUUUUGUAUGUCGUUUGUAAAUCAUAAGAAAUAAAAUAUUUAACAUGAA